AUGGAGUACAAAAGAAGUGAUUCAUCUUCUUCGGAAGAGGACAGCGUUACCAACUAUAAGGAGAAGACGCCUUGUGAAAUAUGCGGAAGUGAUGCAAAUGACCAUUUGAUAAUGACUUGCUACAACUGCAGAGAAACACGAGAGCAUAUUUAUUGCGCAAGGGUGCUUUUUAAAACUGUACCUGACAGGUGGAUAUGUGAUGAGUGCUGUAUCUCAAUCCGCGUACUCUUCAUCAAGCAUGGUUUUGCUAAAGGUCCUAAUGAGACUGCUAGGUCAUGGCGGCUUAAUUGUGCUUAUAACCGAGUUUCUGUUGCAUCAAAGACUAGUCAUGUGGAUGUUUCACUGAGAAAAUGA